AUGUCUGGUCAAAGAUUCUCGUCCACCACCGCGUCGCCCUCCGAAUCGCCGCAGCCUAGCGACGACACUGAGACUAUCAACGCCCUGAUUGAGCGCAUCAACCAAAACGAUGAUGAAAUGGCCAAAUUAUUGGAAGAAUUGGAACUUAUCGAAGAUGUUGAUGGCAUGGAGGAGCUGGCCGAUCCUCUCGAAGGCCAAGAGUACACACCGGAGAUUUGGGUGCAGAUGGUGCGACAACAAUUUGGAGACACAAUCCCCGAAGGCGUUCUGAAUGAGGAGGAGACGCAGCUGUUUACUCGACUCUAUGGAGAGCCCAUUGUCCAGGAAAUGGUCGAAGAAGCCUCCGCCGAGGAAGACAAGAAGGAAUCUGAUCGCUUGUUCCGCGAGGAUGGAAAGGGUCGUUGGGAGGAAAUCGAGUAUGAGGAGAACGCGAAGGCCGAGGAUGACAUUCCCGUUGUCUACGAUAUGGAGAACAGCUCGGAAGAAAUCGAGACGAUUGCAAUGCGACGGACCCGAGAAGUGGCCGAGCAGCUGGGUGGCGAGAUCAUGCUGGAGCAGUUUGAGAACGAAGCUGUUCCAGAUUCUGCGCCUCGGGCUCAUCCCCUAACCCAGGAAGGCAAAUUCCAGACGGAUCCCCGUACAAUUCAUCUACCGAAGAACACGGUCACUGGACCUAUUUCGGUCAUUCUUUCGGAGUUUUCCAACAAGCAUAUCUCUGACACUGCUCGCCGCUUGUUUGGAGGGCCAGGAUUGCCCCAUUCUACGACCACCGCACCCCCGCGGGCGCAGCUACCGCAGCUGCCAAUUCCCCUUCAUGCGUCCCAACAUCAUAUGGGUGGGAUGGAGGCCAAUGCCUACAUCGCGGCCUUGUACCCUGGCAUUUAUGCCUCAAUACUCAGCGUUUUGGUCGAGGUGCGGAAACGCAUGGGAACGGACUGGAUCCAUCAUCUCAUCUCCCAAGAGGGAGGCCCCAACGUUCUCGACGCAAGUGGCGGUGGUGCCGGUAUCCUGGCCUGGAGGGAUGUUGUCCGUGCUGAAUAUGAGCUCAUGGUUCCCGCCCACCCUGAGGGGGCAGCCAUCCCAUACGGGCGAUCGACAGUCUUGACGGGGUCGGAGACACUGCGACUGCGUGCGAGUGCGAUGCUCGACAAUACCAGUUUUCUUCCCCGCUUGCCGGACUAUGUUCAUGUGCGUGAGAAGCCAACACUGGAGGACUCGCGCGCUGCCCCGAAGCGUAAGCAGUACGAUGUUGUCAUCGCACCGCACAGUCUCCUUGGCUUUGAAGAGGAGUAUCAGCGAAAGGAGCAUGUUCAAAAUCUGUGGUCGCUCCUGAACCCUAAUGGCGGUGUGCUUAUUCUCCUCGAAAAGGGCCGUCAAAAGGGGUUUGAAGCGAUUGCUGGCGCCCGUGAAAUGCUCCUCAAGCGCCAUAUUGCGAGCCCAGGCUCGACAGAGUAUGAGAACACACUCGAAUCCCCUGGUAACAGCACCACAAUUCUCAAGGAGCCCGGUAUGAUCAUCGCUCCCUGCACAAACCAUUCUACUUGCCCGAUGCACAACCCGGCGGGCCCGACCAAGGGUCGCAGGGACUAUUGUCAUUUCGAGCAGCGGUACAUCCGCCCUGACUUCUUGCAGCGCAUUAUGGGUGCCAAGGACCGCAAUCACGAAGAUGUCAAAUUCAGCUACCUCGCUGUGCAGCGAGGUGUGGACCUGCGUCAAGAACGGGAUAUCCGCCAGAACGCCGAAGCAACAGACGCCGCAUUCGAAGGCUUCGAGCACCUCGAAGAGCCCGACAGUUCAAAUAUCGACUCGCUCUCCCUCCCUCGUGCCAUCUACCCGCCCAUCAAACGUCGCGGGCACGUCAUCUUCGACCUCUGCACACCGGCCGGCAAGAUCGAGCGUUGGACGGUCCCGCGUUCCUUUAGCCGGCAGGCCUACCGUGAUGCGCGCAAGUCUAAUUGGGGUGACUUGUGGGCUCUAGGAGCUAAGACCCGUAUUCCUCGGAACCUGAACCUGGGCGACAAACACGGCGAAGGCAAAAAAGAGCGUCUCGCUCGACGAGCAGCAGCCAGGGCUGGCUCGCGCGAAGUUGAUGAAGAGGGCGAAUUCGAUGAGCUCGACCCCAAGGAAGACGAAGCUGUCGAUGGGAUCGUGGACGAGGGAUCCGAUCGUUCGGCAUUCCCUGCACGCAAGAAGGGCCAGAAUAUUCCGAGCUGGAAGAAGCACGCGGAUAAGAAGAAGCUUCGACAGGCCGUGAAGAAACGUGGUGCGGCAGAAGAUGCCCUGUAA